UGAUAGGCACUAUCUCCGUCGCUUACCGAUUGGCUGAUUGUGUUUCGUCUAAGGCGAAAUGUAACCAAUCAAUGUAGCCCCGAGUUCGGCGUUCCACGCCUCGUUUCUGUUGUCUAGUAAAUAGAACGUUUCUAUGCACGCGGCGAGGGGGUGUGUCAUCACUCCAAAGAGAGGCGAGAAGCGCAGGAGAGUCAAUGAAGGCAGAAUGAGCGCUGAGAAACGGGUGAAACGGGAGCUGGAAGAGGACGAGGAUGAUGAAGGGGUUGCAGGAAAGUAUGGACGGUAUGAGACUGAAGACAGACGAAGCCGCCAUUGCCCAUAUCUGGAUACCAUUAACAGGAGUGUCUUGGACUUUGAUUUUGAGAAGCUGUGUUCCAUCUCCCUUUCACAUAUCAACGCGUAUGCUUGCCUCGUUUGUGGGAAAUACUUCCAGGGUCGAGGCUUGAAGUCCCAUGCCUACAUCCAUAGUGUUCAGUUCAGUCACCACGUUUUCCUUAAUCUCCACACACUGAAGUUCUACUGCCUGCCGGACAACUAUAAUAUAAUUGACUCCUCCCUGGAGGACAUCACGUAUGUGCUAAAGCCAACCUUCACAAAGCAGCAAAUCAGUCACUUAGACAAACAGGCCAAGCUGUCUCGAGCAUAUGAUGGUACCACUUACCUCCCGGGCAUUGUGGGACUUAACAAUAUCAAAGCCAAUGAUUAUGCCAAUGCUGUUUUGCAGGCUCUCUCCAAUGUUCCUCCUCUGAGGAAUUACUUUCUGGAAGAAGAGAAUUAUUGUGAUAUCAAGCGCCCUCCUGGGGACAUCAUGUUCCUGCUUGUGCAGAGAUUCGGGGAAUUAAUGCGCAAACUGUGGAACCCCAGGAAUUUUAAGGCUCACGUCUCCCCACAUGAGAUGCUUCAGGCAGUUGUUCUCUGCAGCAAGAAAAAUUUCCAGAUCACCAAGCAAGGUGAUGGGGUGGACUUUCUGUCUUGGUUCCUGAAUGCACUUACUUCUGCUCUUGGAGGCAACAAGAAGAAGAAGAAGACCAUCGUAACAGAUGUGUUCCAAGGAUCCAUGCGGGUAUUUACCAAGAAGUUGCCCCAUCCUGAUUUGCCUGCAGAGGAGAAAGAGCAACUGAUGCAGAAUGAAGAAUACCAAGAAAAAAUGUUGGAAUCUCCCUUUAUGUAUCUGACUCUGGACCUCCCCACUGCCCCCCUGUAUAAAGACGAGAAGGAGCAGCUGAUCAUCCCACAGGUUCCUCUCUUCAGCAUCCUGGCCAAGUUCAAUGGAAUCACAGAGAAGGAGUACAAGACAUACAAGGAGAAUUUCCUGAAGCGAUUCCAGCUGACUAAACUUCCUCCGUUUUUGAUAUUCUGCAUUAAACGCUUUACCAAAAACAAUUUCUUUGUUGAGAAGAACCCAACCAUUGUGAAUUUCCCCAUAACGAAUGUGGAUCUGAGAGAAUACUUGGCAGAAGAAUUCCAUUCUACGCACAAAAACACAACCUAUGAUCUCAUUGCCAACGUAGUGCAUGAUGGGAAGCCCAACGAGGGCUCAUACCGUAUCCACGUCCUGCAUCACGGCACAGGAAAGUGGUAUGAAUUACAAGAUCUUCAGGUGACGGACAUCUUGCCCCAGAUGAUUACUCUGUCUGAGGCCUAUAUACAGAUCUGGAAGAGACGAGAUGAUGAUGAUGAAAAGAAGCAGCAGGGGGCUUAACCAACAUAGAACUGCCAUGUACCUUUUACAACUAAAAAUUCCCAUGUGGGGGCAGGGCUCGUCUAACGGCAACGUCUCUGUUUAAAGGUUCCGAGCCUUUGCAGCCUGAGACUGGACUUUCCCCACACUCCCACUAAUGGAAAGCGGAUGCCAUUUUAGCAAGAUUCUGUGAAGUGAUGGCCUUUGCCCUGACUCGGCUCCUUUAUCACUUAAGAAUUGAAAGAGGCAGUGUGUGGGCAGUGUGUGCAGAGGGAAACCUGUAAGGAAGACUAUGGUGACUGUUAUUGCGGUUAGGGAUGCACCAAAUCCACUAUAUUGGGUUCGGCCGAACCCCUGAAUCCUUCGCAAAAGAUUCGGCCAGAUACCAGACCGAAUCCUAAUUUGCAUUUGCAAAUUAGCGGUGGGAAGGGGAAACCAUUUUUUAUUUGUGACAAAAAGUCACAUGAUUUCCCUCCCCACUCCUAAUUUGCAUAUGCAAAUUAGAUUCAAAUUUGGUUCAGCUGUAUUCAGCUGAAACCCUAAUUGCGGUCAUUCCAGCCUUUUUUUUUUUUUUUUUUUUUUUUUUUUUUGGAAGAGAUUUCAAUAUAUUUCUUUUUUUCUGUCCAUUUUAAUAAACUUUUAUUCUUGGAAAUGACUUGUUCUUAAAAUUCCUUUGCUAUUCUGGUUAAAUAGGAUUUACAUUACAUCUUGAGGGCCACAACAUCCUGUUCUAUCUACUUUUGCAAAGAAGAGAUCUCACACUGUUUUGUAUUUCCAGGUUUUGAAUUCUGUAUAUUGUGCUUGACUAAAAUUUCCCCGUUCACUGAUUUGAUUGUUGCUUUUGUUGACCAAAGGGAAUGACAAUCAGUCAUUCUCUGACACCACAAGAUACUCUGGAGCGACACAGGGCAAACAAGUCAAGUAGAAUAUUUGUAUUUCCAUGAGAGUUCUCUUCUAGCCACUUACAUAAGAAGUGUAUUUCAUAAAGAAUCAAUUAAGAGCAACUUUAAUUGGUUUUACAUUCUAUGGCUGUAGUGUUUAAAGGGAUUGCUGUCAUGAUUUUUAUGAUGUAGUUUUUAUUUCUAAAUUACACUGUUUACACUGCAAAUAAUUCACUCUACAAUAUAAAAUUUCAUUCCUGAA